CCGGCCCGACAUGGAGCCAGCGCAGCGCGGAGGGGAAGCGAGCCGGGAGGGCCUUAGCGAAGAAGGCAGGAGGAAAAUGCGGUGUCCCAGCUUGCCGCUCUGUGGGCUGCUCUGCGUUUGGCUGCCUCUCUUCUACAGCCGGCCGGUGAAAAUCGACAAGGUCAAGGCCGACACCAAAAACCUCACGCGAACCAUCAUAGCCCGGAUCCAGGAGCACCAGCUCUUCCCGCUGAACUUGAAGAUAAAUGGACUUGACUUCAUCCCCGGAGAGCGACCCUUGGAGAGCUUAGACUCCAUGGACGAGACCUUGCAGAUAUUCCAGAGGAUCCUGCCCAGCCUGCCCAUGGAAAACGUGCCAGUAGCACAAAUCUUCAACGACAUAGAGAACCUCCGGAGUCUGAUCCAGACCUUGGGUUCUCACCUCAGUUGCACCUUCCACAAAUCCUCUAACCUGGACGCUCUGGGGAAUCUGACAGAGCUGCUGACUACCUCUCCUUACACCACUGCCGUGGUGGCGCUGGACCGGCUCCAGAAGUGCCUGCACAGCAUCGUCAAACAUCUGGAUCACAUUCAGAGCUGCUAGAGGAGAACGGCUGCAUCACCAGCUGACUGAAAGCCUUGAAUGGGACAUCUUUGUUCUAGGUUCUCCUGUAAGUCAGCUGCAGAGCACCACCUCUGGCCCGCUGCUCUGAAUGUCAGAAUUUUCAUUCCCACACGUACUUCCACUGAGAGAAAAUACACCAAGGACUUUACCUGGUGCCCGGCCAUACCCUCCUUGCUGUCCUUCUAGCAAGGAGCAGAAUACUGAGGCCUGAGGACUCUCACCGCCACUGGAAGUUUGCAAACACAGUUUGUCUGUGAUCUGAACUGCUACCUAUGCCAAAGAGAAGUUUACUGCUCUCCUGUAAGGAGCACAAGGCCGGCUAUCCAGGAGCUACCAUCAUGCCUUUGUUGUAGGAAGUCUAUGCCUGGAGCAGUUUGCCAGUAUUUAUUUAUUGUAUCUGUAUUUUUUUAAUUUAAGUUUGAAAUGGGCUGCACUGACCCAGUGGCCUCUCUGUGGCGCUGUGCGCCUGUGGGGGGUGCGGAGCCUAGCGUUCUCUUCCUGGGCCAAGAAAGGGGGGAGCGUUACAUACGUGGCCCACGCCGCCUGAUGGGAGGGGACCAGAAGUUUAGCAUCACUCCUUCUGGAUGACUUGAAAGUGGCAAGGUCCCAUCCAACCCAAAGUGACGGGGGGCUGGCGGAAAACUCCAUGGAGGUGUGACCUGCUCGCUUGUUGACGUGUAUAUUUAUUUCUUCUAUGAUCUGUUUUGAAGUAAAGUUAAUUUCUCUGUU